CAAUCAAAAAGCGGUGAUUGCAAUUUAUAACUCAUGUUUCGAAAAAUGUCUUAAGUCGUCUGAUUUAGUUUUUUUGUUUGAUCACCUUUUUACUGUUCGCUGUCCUUUUUCAUUAUUUCCUCUAUUUCUCGAAGGAAUCUUUGUUGGCAGUACAAUGUAUUCUGUCCAAGUGGACUAGCCGUAGAUGGUUAGCUGGUUGGCUACACAUCCAACAACAAAGACGAUUUAAUGUUGUUAUCAAAUCGCUUUAUUGCGUACAUUACGGCGCUGUUUGCUCUCUAACCCGACCAUUGUAUUCCAUAUAAUUGUUGAACAUCACUACUUCCUCUCGUUUCGGAUAAACUCGCCGUGCGGUUUGACGAGUUUCAAGCUAGCUUAGCUUGCUAGCUGGUUGCGAACAAAGAGACGGGGAAGGAAGCCAGCAAAACACAUCGAGGAACUUUCUCGAACAAAAACAACGUGCGAAAAUGUCAACCACUGGACGAUAGUUUCCAGAAGACGCAAGUAUUAUUACGCAGAGCAGUAUCAAGACUGAACUGUCAGAGGUAGCACGGUGCCACAGGGCAUGUACGCGCCUGGACUACAAAGUACAAAGUUUAACAUCUCACCGUCAAAACCCCAACAAUGGAGGACCUCGGUGGGAUCAGACCUGCAGAAAGUUCCAGUAAAAUCAAGCUUCCCCCUGAGCCUGAGGAGCUGGAAACAUACCACAUUAAAGAGGAGGCGGAUGAACACAGCAUUAGUCAAGGGGGAUUGCAGUUUCCAGGAAUGGACUUCCCGGUGAUUCGUGUGAUUGUGAAGAGUGAAGACAAUGAAGACGAGCCUCAUUCCUCACAGCAUCAUCACGUUCAACGUGAGAAGAGAAGAUCCCAAGCAGACAGCCCAAUAAAACCACUAUCAGAUCAUGAUGACACGAUAUCACACUCUCCUGAGACUGAUGAUGAACACGCUCAAAGUGAGGUGAAAUGUCGCACUGACAAAACACGCUUGACAUGUUCUGAAUGUGACAAAACAUUUGUCAACAAGAGAAAUCUGAAAAGGCACAUGAGGAUUCACACAGGAGAGAAACCGUUUGUGUGCUCAUUUUGUGGUAAGGGAUUAUCUGAAAUGACAACUUUGAUCGCACACACAAGAACGCACACUGGAGAAAAACCAUUUCCCUGCUCAGUUUGUAACACAGGUUUCCGAGUGCGUGCACUGUUGGUUAAACACAUGAGAACACACACUGGGGAAAAACCUUAUUCUUGUCCAAUUUGUGACAGAAGAUUCUCCCGAAAGGAAUCCAUGAUAACACACACCCAAACACACACAGGUGAGAAACCUUUUGCCUGCUCAGUAUGUGGCCAAAGAUUCUCAAGAAAGGGAAAUUUGAGAACACACUCAAGAACACACACCGGAGAGAAGCCAUUUUCCUGCACUGUCUGCAACGCUACUUUCCGAGUUCAGUCUGGUUUGGUUCAGCACAUGAGAACGCAUACAGGAGAGAAACCUUUUGCCUGCUCAGAAUGUGGCAAAAGAUUUACUCAAAGGACAAAUCUGAUAACACACUCAAGAUCACACACAGGAGAAAAGCCUUUUACCUGCUCAAUCUGCCACACAAGCUUUAGUUAUCAUUCUUCUUUGAAUAAUCACAUGAGAACACACAGUAAGUAACAAUGUCUUUGUCAAGUUUGUGUGGUAACUAUUUUUAAGUGUUCUGUAAUUGUUGUGAGAGGUCGCUUUUUUCCAUGUUACGGUAGUGACUUAUAAAACCCAAGGUGAGCGUAGAUACUGUGUACAUUAACUACUGUAAGUGGAAGUGAAUUGAUUAUAUACAGUGUCCCCCUAACCACCCACCCCCCCACAGCCCCCCUCCCAUCCAUUAGCAGGGGAUAGGGACCAGGCCAGACCGCAAACUGAAAAAAUUGGCUCCAUGACCGGUAUUAAAAUUGCAAUGAAACAAAUUUUUUUUUAAACCCCCAAAUUUCUUGAAUAGGUAAGGACUAAGCACUAAUAAGUAGUAAAUAAAAAAACAACAUGAAAAAUGAAAAACAAAUGGAAAAAUUACACACAAAAAAAAAUCAUCGAAUAGGUGAAUAUCUGGGUGCUCAACAGCAACUAUGCGGGGUCCACUGUAUUUUUGUAUUAUACAUGUAGGCUGCUAAAAUAUGCUGUGAUGUAUUAAACAGUGUUGCAUUAUACAACCCCAAUUCCAAUGAAGUUGGGACGUUGUGUUAAACAUAAAUAAAAACAGAAUACAAUGAUUUGCAAAUCAUGUUCAACCUAUAUUUAAUUGAAUACACUACAAAGACAAGAUAUUUAAUGUUCAAACUGAUAAACUUUAUUGUUUUUAGCAAAUAAUCAUUAACUUUGAAUGUUUUGGCUGCAACACGUUCCAAAAAAGCUGGGACAGGGUCAUGUUUACCACUGUUACAUCACCUUUUCUUUUAACAACAUUCAAUAAACAUUUUGGGAACUGAGAGAACUAACGUUUGGGAACUAAUUGUUGAAGCUUUGUAGGUGGAAUUCUUUCCCAUUCUUGCUUGAUGUACAGCUUCAGCUGUUCAACAGUCUGGGGUCUCCGUUGUCAUAUUUUACGCUUCAUAAUGCGCCACACAUUUUCAAUGGGAGACAGGUCUGGACUGCAGGCAGGGCAGUCUAGUACCCACACUCUUUUACUACAAAGCCAUGCUGUUGUAACACGUGCAGAAUGUGGUUUGGCAUUGUCUUGGUGAAAUAAGCAGGGGUGUCCAUGAAAAAGACGUUGCUUGGAUGGCAGCAUAUGCUUCUCCAAAACCUGUAUGUACCUUUCAGCAUUAAUGGUGCCUUCACAGAUGUGUAAGUUACUCAUGCCAGAUGUGUAAGUUACUCAUGCCAUUGGCACUAACACAGCCCCAUACCAUCACAAAUGCUGGCUUUUGAACAUUGCGUCCAUAACAGUCCGGAUGUUUAUUUUCCUCUUUGGCCCGGAGGACACGACAUCCACAAUUUCCAAAAACAAUUUGAAAUGUGGACUCGUCGGACCACAGAACACUUUUCCACUCUGCAUCAGUCCAUCUUAGAUGAGCUCGGGCCCAGAGAAGCCGACAGCGUUUCUGGGUGUUGUUGAUAAAUGGCUUUUGCUUUGCAUAGUAGAGUUUCAAGUUGCACUUACGGAUGUAGCGCCGAACUGUAUUUACUGACAUUAGUUUUCUGAAGUAUUCCUGAGCCCAUGUGGUGAUAUCCUUCACAUUGAUGUCGGUUUUUGAUGCAGUGCCGCCUGAGGGAUCGAAGGUCACGGGCAUUGCCUUGCCGCUUACGUGCAGUGAUUUCUCCAGAUUCUUGGAACCUUUUGAUGAUAUUAUGGACCGUAGAUGAUGAAAUCCCUAAAUUCCGUGCAAUUGUACGUUGAGGAACAUUGUCCUUAAACUGUUCGACUAUUUUCUCACGCACUUGUUCACAAAGAGGUCAACCUCGCCCCAUCUUUGCUUGUGAAUGACUGAGCAAUUCAGGGAAGCUUCUUUUAUAUCAAUCAUGGCACCCACCUGUUCCCAAUUAGCCUGUUCACCUGUGGGAUGUUCCAAACAGGUGUUUGAUGAGCAUUCCUCAACUUUCUCAGUCUUUUUUGGCACCUGUCCCAGCUUUUUUGGAACGUGUUGCAGCCAUAAAAUUCAAAGUUAAUGAUUAAUUGCUAAAAACAAAGUUUAUCAGUUUGAACAUUAAAUGUCUUUGUAGUGUAUUAAAUUAAAUAUAGGUUGAACAUGAUUUUCAAAUCAUUGUAUUCUGUUUUUAUUUUUGUUUAACACAACGUCCCAACUUCAUUGGAAUUGGGGUUGUACAUAAGUAUUUACACCCUUGGCUUAAUAUUUGGUGAAGCACCUUUGGCAGCAAUCACAGCCUCAAGUCUUCUUGGGUAUGUCUCUACGAGCUUGCCACACUUGUUUUGGGGCAUUUUCUCCCAUUCUUCUCUGCAGAUCCAACACAACGUACCAACUUCAUUGGAAUUGGGUUGUACUUCCUUUACUGUAUCAUAUUCUUGAUGGCGGAAAACAAAUUUCAGUUGCCUGAUUUCUCAUUUGACAUCUUGUUGAAACGAAAAUGUUUGUCAAGACAGUGACUGAGACUCAGAAUCUGACACAAUACAGCAUAUGAAACGUGUAAUCAUUACUGUAUUUAAUAUAAAUGUAUCACAAAUCAAUAAAGUCUUCAGUAUUUUAUCCUAGAAUAUAUGACACAUGAAUACAUUGACUUAUUCCUUUAAAAAAUAUAUAUCUAUAUAUAUAUUUCACAAAAAUAUAUUACUGCACACCACCAAA